GGGCUUCUCGGCCUGGCUGGAGUGUGUCUGCGCCGUCACCUUCGACCUGGAGCUGGGCCAGGCGCUGGAGCUGGUCUUCCCCCCGGGCCACGCCCUCAGCGAGAAGGAGAGGAGCAGCGUCUGCUUCCUGGCCUUCCCGGACUCCUUCUCAGCCGGACCCCGCGCACCGCUUCGGCUACGUGUAUUCCCGGCAGGUGCCCGACCGCUCGGUGCGGCGCGGCUACUUCCAGAAGUCUCUUGUCCUGGUGUCUCGCCUGCCUUACGUGAAUCUUUUCCAGCGUCUGCUGCAGCUCAUUGCUCCCGAGUAUUUCGACAAGCGGGACCCAUGUCUGGAGGCAGUGUGCAGCGAGAUCGACCAAUGGCCUGCUCCAGUACCUGGCCGGACUCUGAACCUGCCCGUGAUGGGUGUCGUCAUUCAGUUGCGAGUUCCCUCAAAGGCGGACGAACCUGGCUCCAGCCCUGAGCAGCCCGUCAGUCAGGAGAACCUCGUGCCAGCCCCGAUCGUUCUCACCAGUGUCUGUGAACUGGACCUCUUUCGGUGUUUCCAGCCAGUGCUGGCCCACGUGCAGAUGCUGUGGGAGCUGCUGCUGCUGGCGGAGCCUCUGGUCGUCAUGGCCCCGUCGCCCGCCGUCUCUUCGGAAACGGUUCUGGCGCUUACCGGCUGCCUGGCUCCUCUGAAGUACUGCUGUGACUAUCGUCCCUAUUUCACCAUCCACGACAGCGAGUUCAAAGAGUACACCACCCGGACGCAGGCCCCGCCGAACGUUGUGCUCGGAGUCACAAAUCCAUUUUUUAUCAAGACGCUGCAGCACUGGCCCCACAUCCUCCGGCUUGGAGAGCUCAAGAUGGCUGGGGAGCUGCCCAAACAGGUAAAGCUGAAGAAGCUUGCCAAGCUGAAGUCGCUGGAUGCCAAGCCAGGACUUUACUCCUCGUAUAAAACAUUCUUGCACAAGGACAAGGCCCUCAUCAAGAGACUCUUAAAGGGCAUCCACAGGAAGUGUCCCUCCGAGGCCCAGAGCGCCCUGCUGAGGCGACAUCUCCUAGAGCUCACACAGAGCUUCCUCGUCCCCUUGGAGCACUACAUGGCCAGCCUCAUGCCCCUGCAAAGAGCCAUCACGGCAUGGAAGAAUCCCCCUCAGAUCCGCCCGUUCCAUCAGGAAGACUUCCUCAAGACCCUUGAACAUGCUGGGCCUCAGCUCACCUGCGGGAUUAAAGGGGACUGGAUUGGCCUGUACAGGCGAUUCUUCAGGUCACCCAACUUUGACGGAUGGUACCGCCAGAGGCGCAAGGAGAUGACACUCAAGCUGGAGGCCCUGCACCUGGAGGCGAUCUGUGAGGCAGACAUCGGGGCCUGGAUGAAGCACAAAUCCGAAGUGGAGCUGGUUGACCUGGUCCUGAAGCUCCGUGAGAAGCUGGUGCGAGCCACGUGCCAUCACUUGCCUGUGAAGGAGGAAACUGUCCAGCGUGUGACCCAGUACAUCACCACCAUCAUUGGGUCACUGCCUGAGGAUCUCCAGGCAGUGCUGUGUCCACACACUUGAGCUGCGCUUGAGAGUCCCAGGGCCGAUGCUUCCCAAGCCAGAGAGUGUGGGGCUUGUUUCUUGGCGUCAGGCCCAACUCUGAACAAGGCCCUGCGUUGCCGCUAGAAGGGCGAUGCCGUUCUGCAGGGGACUUGCGGAGCACAGCAGAAGCGGGGGGGAGCCUCCUGUGCUGCGCCCCGGCAACUUCUUCCCCGCGGAUCCUGGCCCUCCUCA